GAUGACGUUAGCGCGUCAGCGAAAGUCUUUGCCGGCAUCCUUAGGGUCGUCGGGCUUACGGAAGCGAUCUGUUUCGUCAUCGCAUCGGUGCUGCAGGUACCGACAGUGCAGAGCAUCGUUGGUGAAGAGCGAGCAAGCGUUGGCAGCCUUGUACUGGCACUGCUCGCCAUAUGCAAAGUUGUCUAUCAGAUCAUGGGCAAUGUCCCGAAAGCUUCUCCCGAGGUAUACCGUUCGGCGCGCGCGGGUAUCUCUGGCAUGCGGGAAUACGGCAUCGAGCUCUUAUACUGGCAGAUUGAACUCCUAGCCGGGAUGCAGACGGCUAUGCAGCUGCACGAAGGCGCACCACUGCCGCGUGAUGAUUUUCAAGUGGCCUACGAUCAUCAUCAUCGUCACCCUUCGUCAGGACGUUUUACGGCAGUCGCUCGCACAGGAGCAGAUGUGAUUAGAAAGUCGCAUCGCCUGAACCUCUGUCCACUGUCAAUCGAGGGGUACCAGGCUUUGGCCGUUGAACCUAACUUCUUCACGCCGGACGAGUCGGUGUAUCACAGAUCAUCGUGGAUGCAAGUGGUCCUCAAGCGGUUAGAGAGGUUGGAUAUUAGGCAGACGCGGUCGCCGCCGUAAUCGCUCUACCCACUCCAGUGAGCUAUACGUGCCAAGAGUCCGUCCGGGUCCUUUAUGUAUCAUAUAAUUGCCUUGUACUAUAUAAUAGUGGCUAUUCCGCUGGCAGGCG